UAUUUUAAAUGGACAAUACAAUACAUGCCUUGAAUUUUCUAGAAUAUCAAUUAUCCAUACUCUGACGCAGGACAAACAAAUUCAGACAAUUUUCUAGUACUUCUCUUCCUACUUUGUUCUGCUCUGUGAGGUGAAGAAACGGUGAAAUGGCUUCGGUGGCUAAGAAGGUGUGCGUUACUGGUGCUGGAGGAUUCGUAGCCUCUUGGCUCGUUAAGCUUCUCCUUUCCAAAGGAUACACUGUUCAUGGAACUGUCAGACAACCCGGAAGUCCCAAAUAUGAACACUUGCUGAAACUGGAGAAAGCUUCUGAGAACCUCACUCUCUUCAAGGCAGAUCUCUUGAAUUAUGAAUCUGUUCACUCCGCAAUUCUUGGAUGCACUGCUGUUUUCCAUGUUGCUAGCCCUGUACCCUCAACUACAUCAUCCAAUCCUGAGGUAGAAGUGAUUGAGCCAGCAGUGAAGGGAACUGCUAAUGUACUUGAAGCUUCUCUUCAAGCUAAAGUGGAACGAGUUGUCUUUGUAUCAUCUGAAGCUGCUGUCUGCAUGAGCCCUAAUUUACCCAAAGAUAAAGUGAUUGAUGAGUCCUAUUGGUCUGAUAAAGAUUACUGCAAGAAAACUCAGAACUGGUAUUGUUAUUCCAAGACAGAGGCAGAGGAGCAGGCCCUCGACUUUGCAAAAAGAACUGGGCUUAGUGUUGUAAGCAUUUGUCCUACCGUAGUAUUGGGGCCAAUUUUACAGUCCACUGUUAAUGCAAGCACCUUGAUUCUCCUCAAACUUUUAAAAGCUGAAGGUUCUGACUCGAUGGAGAACAGGCUCAGUUGGAUAGUAGAUGUUGGAGAUCUAGUUGAUGCAGUACUUUUGGCUUAUGAGAAGCUUGAGGCAGAAGGGAGAUACAUAUGCACUUCACACCCUAUCAAGAAACGGGAUUUGGUGGAGAAAUUAAAGAGCAUAUAUCCCUAUUACAAGUACCCUACAAAGUUUACUGAAGUGGAUAGUUACAGAAGGUUGACCUCAGAGAAACUGCAGAGGUUGGGUUGGAAGUCCAGGCCAUUGGAGGAAACACUCAUUGAUUCGGUUGAGAGCUAUAGAGAGGCUGGACUCCUGCAAUCAGAAUAAAUUUGGUUUGUUAUAUAUCAUUCUCCCUAUUGGGAGGCUGUGCUCCUGGAAUCAAUAAAUGUGACUUGUUGUUUAAGCAUCUCCCUAUUGUAAGGGAUCCUUCAGUUGCUACAUCUGCUUGUUCUGGAUAAUGAGUAUGAUUGUAUUGUAUGACCACGAAGUGCUUUUAAAUUUGGGAACUAAAAAGAGGGAAGGCAAGCAUUCUUAACUAUUAGCAUACUUAUUUAUAAUAUUUACUAGUGUUUUUUA